AUGCUGCCGGACCUCUCCUCCACUCCCUCAGGAAGCAUCAAACUCUUGUUCCUGGCCUUAGCUGUCCUCGUGGUCCUGGCUCAGACUUCCCCUGAUGGAUGGCUUAAAAAGUGCUAUUAUGGCCUGGGAAGAUGCAGGAAAUCAUGUAAAGAAGAAGAGAAGAAGAAAGAAAAAUGUGGGAAAACUCUGUCUUGCUGCCUCCUAUCAAAAAACGCUAAGUUAUCAGAUUUCUCCCCAAAAACCACAACAGGUCUCCUGCUCUUCCACCGGCCCCUCAAGCAGCCACUGCAGAAGGUCACCUGA